UGCCAGCGUUUCUCAGCUCGCCCAGUGGAGUAAUUCUGCCUUUGUACAAGUUCCUGUCCUUAACGCCGUCCCUCAUAUCCAUACCUGCCUCUAGACUUUAAUGUACUUGAUCCUACCUUAAUCCCACGUACCAGCCAGUAACCUAGCAAGUCGCUGCCAACAGCAGCCAUUCUCGCAAAGGGGGACGUGCUCCAGAACAUAGGCCGACCCACCCCAUCUAUCCGUAUUCUCACCUCAUUCAUCAUUUUCAGUGCGGCAACGGACGUGCUCAUAGAGCUUCACUCUCCUGCAGGUUUAAAGACGGAUUCCAACUUGCGCGCAAAUAUCUUCCAACUCGUCUCGCACGCGUCUCACGAGUAAAUAUUGCCUACAAGGUCUAUGUGAGCCUCAUCCAAGCCAAAGACGUCAUCUCAAAACAGCCACUGUGACAGCUCGAGUGGUCACAUCUCGCUUCCCAUGUCCAAGGCUCGCGCUAAGUCAGAGGCAGCCAUCCUAGGCAUAGACUGGGGCAGCACCGCCAUACGUGCAACCAUUUGCAUCCGCAAAACCAAGGAGCUGCACCCGAUAUGGAACCGCGGCGCGGUUCCUGGACAUGACAUCCGCUAUCAGACCGGAGCCUUCAACUCAACUCUCUAUGUCGACGACCGCGGCGGUAUAGUGUAUACUGGUGAGGUGUACAACGGAAGCUGCACGCCCAUUCCCUCCAAAUGGUUCCUGUGCGAAGACCGCGAGACCGGUAACCCGCUCCUCGAUGGCCUCCUGGCCAAGUUCAGGGGCAUGGAGACGAAAAUCCGAAGGGCCCUGAAAGCCAUCGUGAGGACCGUCUUUAAAGAGGUGACAGAUUUCUGUACCGAUCGCGCGCUCCAUAUUGACGAGGUUGGCCUGUCGCAUCCCGCCCACUGGACGGCCCAGGAGCUAUCCAGCUACGAGAACCUGAUUGCCUCCGCCAUGAUGGAGUCUAAUACAUUUGCAAACGCACACGGUCGCAUCAAGCUUCAUGUAGAGAGUCUGGCGUCGGCUCACUUUCUGUUCUCGAGCCCGCGUCACAUGAAGCAGAUACUCACUAAGGUAGACGAGCCUUGUCAUUUGGUUUUUCUUGAUUUUGGAGGACACACAAUGAACGGCUGCAUAUUCAGCGCCGUACGACGGAGUGGUGAUGAGUUAAACUACUUCCAAGUUGGGGAACCCUUUACCGCUCAUGGCGGUACACAGCUAUGGGAGAAGAGAGUUGAUGAUUUUGCGACCAAUUACGUCGAAAAGUCACUCAAAUCAACUUUGCUCCCUAGCCAACGAGCAGACCUUUUGGAGAUGUUCCACCUCAAGAUCAAGAGGCUCCAGACAGGCUUAUUCGCGAGCAUGGUCUUGCACGCGGAGGAUCCAGACAACCACAGUAGUAUAUCAGUACACUUACGCGCGACCGAUGCCAGGCAAUGUUUCCUCGACGGGCUAGAAACCCCUCUUAGACUCGCCAGGAAGAAGAUAGACGCAGCUGUCGCCCUGGGCUCAAACGUCAAGAUAGUUCUGUCCGGCGGCAGUGGCAAGAACGUUUUAGUGCAGGCGAAUCUUCAGCAAGCUUGUGCUCAACUUAAGAUUGACGAACCGUUCCUCUUUUACGAGGCAGUGGGCGAGAAAGACUCUUUCAAUAUCAGCAAAGGCGCUGCACUUGCGGCGGUUGAUAAUAUCACCGUGCAAGAAUUCAUCAACCGGGGGGCUGCUUUCGGUUUCCAAAUAGGUCGCCCGUUAAAGGGCGCCAAUGGCAGCUUCAUAAGCUGGGAGAGUGCAGCCACUCUAGCUCUUGAUUCUGACGGUACCCAUUACUUUAGAAAGCGCUACAGCGGGACCACGAGGCUCAAGAUCGUCUGUGACCCUCAGCUGCAAGCCUCUGCCAAAUGGGACCACAUCCCAGCGGCGUGUUGCUACGACAUUCUCGAAUUAGCGCCGCCUACCAAAGGCCACUGGGAAUACUGCUUGCGACUGCAUGAUUUCGGUGACGGCAAAUUGGGGCUGAUAAUCCGAAAGAACAAGCUGUCGUGGAAGGGUAAAUCCGUGUUGGAGAGGAUGACCUACGGCCCCUUUCCCCUCGAAUACGACACGUCUUCGAGGUGUUGCCUGAUCAACUUGGACCGGGUUAAGACCGAGAGUACCGACUUUGAGAGCGGCAUCUUCUUGACCGAAGACGGGAAGCUUGUGCCGUGCGACCCGGAGGCGGUAAACGAUCAGAUCCAGGAUCUGCAAAAGGAGAACAAUGAUCGACUGAGGGAGUCGAGCGGGAUCACCACGUCAAUGCCGCAAAAGCUGAAGGGGCAGCAAGAGAAGCAGGGGCAGCAGGAGAAACAACAGGAAUGCAAAGCGUCAGGAAAGCGGCCCAGGUCGACGUUAGUUGCUCAGAUGAGUGACGAUGGGAAGCCACGUAAGGAGUCCGACCGUGAUGACGAUAGGGGACAGGAGCCGGCCUAUAAAAAACGACUCAUGAAGCGGUAGAACGACACGAAAUGACGGAGGCAGCAAUAGGCCGAACGUGAAUGUAGGAGACACUCGGGCGCAGGCCUUAGUUGAGUGCUCAAUGUAGAUAUCGUGCAAUCUCAGCCCCUUCGCCAUGGGAUUGCAAUUACUAGUACUUAUUAAUGAGAGAAGACACCC